AUGUCCCUGCAGGAGGAGCUGCGACUGGAGGAGGAACGAAAGAAGAAGGUUGAGGCAGCUGUCGCUGCAGCCUCCUUUGACCAGCUUGACACCAACAAAGAUGGGGUCAUCACCCGAGAGGAGUUCCAAGACUUCGUGCAGAAGGUUCAAAACGAGACCAGUGGCACCCUGGUGGAAGAGGCUGUCAAAGCAGAGCUUGCAGAGUGGAUUCUGAUGAUUCUGUCCUUCCAGCAGAAGCUGAGGCAUCUCACAAGAAAUCGCUACAUCACUUGGCCGCCGCCAUCCCUUCAGCAAUCGCUCACCUCGGCUGACCCCAGCUGUCAGGAUGAGGAUCCCGAAACCAUCCAAGAGAGAGUGAACGAGGUGUUGGAGGAAAACAGCAGACUGCGCUCCGAGAACGAAGCCCUGCGGGUGUAG